AUGAGAGUUACCCUUUCAUCCACUCUCUCAUCAAUCAUAUGGGAAAACACAUUAAGUAUCUCAAGAGAGGGCCGGAUGUUUGUUAGGGUUGAACAAAUGGUGGAGGCUGAGCAGCCGGCACUGAGGACUUCAGCCUCCCGAGACGCUUGGAUACGAGUGAAGGAGACAGUCCAAGAUGUUUUGAAGGAUUUGAAGAUUGGAACUGCACUCUUGAACCUUACCAAAUUGCUAUGGCUAAAUAGUAGGAUAGAAAAAUUCCGGUUUGAUUCCCAAGCAAACGCACUGCAUUGCGAGGAAUUAUCCAUGGCUCGGAAAUCAUCCUACUUCACAAUAAGACCUUUGCCACCAGAAGAAGACUUCUAUAAAACUGAUAGUAAGUCUGAGGUGUCAGGAAGGUAUAUGGCUCUGGUUCACGGAUGUGAACAUGAGGAAGGACAAUGUUUUGGAGCUGAAGAAGCCAUACCAUUGUCAUCACCAAAUAGGGUCGAAUGA